AUGUCAGACUACCAAGUUACCCUUGUCAACAAUAAGAUGUCAGAAUUCUUUGUCAAAUUCUACGGACCAGCUGAGACUCCAUUUGCCAAAGGAGUCUGGAAGAUUCAUGUCGAGUUACCGGAACAAUUCCCGUACAAGUCACCAAGUAUAGGCUUUAUGAACAAGAUCUUCCACCCGAACAUUGACGAAUUAAGCGGUAGCGUCUGUCUGGACGUGAUCAACCAGACUUGGUCACCCAUGUUCGAGCUCAUCAAUAUAUUUGAAAUCUUUCUCCCUCAACUCUUACGCUAUCCAAAUCCCUCCGAUCCGCUCAAUGGGGAAGCGGCGGCACUACUUAUGCGAGAUCCCAAAGCCUAUGCCAAGAAGGUGGAAUCAUACGUCGAGCGAUUUGCCAUGCCGGAAGAUGCGGACCAAGCGAGAGGAGGAGACGACGAAGAUGAAGAUGAGGAAGAAGAGGAACUAGGGCCCAAGCGAGCUGCCAAUGGGGAGACUUCGAGGCCGAAAGCUCCUACUAGGGGUAUUGCAGCCCCUGCCUCAACGAAUACACACUCGAAUGGUUCAAAUGGUCACGCUUCCGCAGCCGCCGGCACAAGUAAUGGCCAUGCAAAAAGCACCUCGGGCGGUAUCAAUGGAACGUCUCACCAUGAUGACGGAGAGGAGGAAGAAGAUGACGAUGAUGACGACAAGAUGAGCGAUAUGGGAGAAUUGAGUGAUGGGGACGAGUUCAUGGGCGAAAUGGACGAUUAG